GCAAUUCAGGCCUAUGUCAGCAGGUGUUCGUUGCCUGGGCCAAGAUCAGAGAAGGUUUGAGAGCCACUGAUUAGACAGAUGCACAAAGGCCCUUUGUCAAGGCUAGGGUGAUUUCCGAGAGGGAUGUCCUAGAGGCUAACCCCUCCCUAGACAGCUUGGGGUAGGAGUCCCAACCUAGAGCUGGUGGCCCCAACAGCAGGAAGAGCCAAAAUAUACCAGGGUUGGAUGGAGCUCUGGAAGUCUUUCCUAUAAGGAAGCAGCCCAGAGAUGUGGGGCACCUGAGCACACACUGUCUGGGGAUUCUAGGGUCCAACCCCUGUUCACCCGUUAGUGGGGGAAUUGUGACUUCUGAUCUCAGAGGCUGUGUUAGCAGUAAAUUGUGAUAAAUCAUAAAUUUAGAGGCAGCUCUCAAAACAGUCCUAGUCACCAACCCCCCCUCCCCAAGUGCCAGUGACUGCAGAGAAGGACCCUCUUUGUCCUGCCCCAAGUCUCCCCACCACAGGGGAACCUCUGGGGUGAGCCUGUGAGGUCCACCCCCACAUCCAGAAAAACUGACAUUAAUUAUCUAUUUAAUACAAAUUUCCUCCUCUGUGAUUUGGAAACAUUAAGAGACCUUUCCUCCAAUGUGAGCCAAACAAAGUACAUAAAGCUUUUAGCCCUGGGUCCUUGGUUCCUGAUGACAACAGCAGUCAGCUUCCCAGGUGAGUUCAAGACAGAGCCGUGGGGGCACGCCCUGGAGGAGGCUCCGCUAGUCCCAGCACCACACCGGGUGUGGGAGAGCCAGGAGAGCGGGGCCAAGCCUGGCGGCACUUUGAGGAUUCUUCCUUUUCCUCCUCCUCCCACGGGCCAGACUCAGUCCCCAACCUCCACCGCCUCUCUGCCCCUCCCCACCCCCAAGCCCUGUAUUCCUGUCCCUCUACCCAGAUCUACUUUGGGCACAGUGAAGAACCUGGGAAAGACCCAGGGGCAAGGCAGCGAUACAAGAACCUGGCAGGUCUGGGGCGUAGCCGGGGAAUUCCAAUCAGUCUUCCGGGUGCCCGGGAGCCCCCCUCCUUCUCUCCCCCCGCCCCCCCACCGUGUGAGCCAGGACGCAGUGGGACCCUUGGCCACAGUUUACCCACUCCAGAAGCCCAGGACCGGGACCCGUGAGCACAGCGAUGGCUGACCCCCGGCACCCGGUGUCAGUGUGCGCAGCAGCCCUAGUGCAGACAGCGCGGCUUCAGGUAUGACGGGCGGAGUCGCUGCCAGCCCCAAGGAAGAAGGAAGGAAUUCCUGGCCCAGCACCUCCAAGGCGCCUCAACCUUUCUCCCAACAGACAUUUGCCUUCUCUGUGCACUGGUCGGAUGACAGCGACACUUUCGUGCGCAGGAGCUGGGAUGAAUUCAAGACGCUCCAGAAGACCCUCAAGGAAACCUUCCCGGUAGAGGCGGGCCUGCUGCGGAGAUCGGACCGCGUCCUCCCCAAGCUUCCCGGUGAGGCCGACGCAUCGCUGUUGGUACGCGGGGGGCGCACAGGCCGCGGCCUGGCGCGCCUGCGGCUGCUGGAGACCUAUUCGCGGGCGCUGCUGGCUGCGGCGGCGCGCGUGUCUCGGAGCUCAGCGCUCACCGGCUUCUUUGCACCACAACCCCUGGACCUGGAGCCCGCGCUGCCACCCGGCAGUCUGGUGAUCCUGCCCGUUCCUGAAGAGCCCCUACCCCGCCCGGCGGACAGCCUUGCCAUCCGUGGCCUGGAGGCUCAGAGCCUGCGCUGCCUGCAGCCCUUCAGCACCCGGGACACGCAGGGCCGACCUUUCCAUGCACAGGCCCAGGAGAUCCUAGAUGUGCUGCUGCGACAUCCCUCAGGCUGGUGGCUGGUGGCAAACGAAGACCAGCAGACAGCGUGGUUUCCUGCUCCCUACCUGGAGGAAGCGGCUCCAGGCCAAGAACGACGACCCCUAGGGAGUAGUGGGUCUCAAUUCUGCGCUUCCCAAGCCUAUGAGAGCAGCCAUGCAGAUGAACUGUCAGUGCCUGCGGGGGCACGCGUGCGCGUGCUGGAAACUUCAGAUCGUGGCUGGUGGCUCUGCAGGUUCAGAGGGCGCUGCGGUCUCCUCCCCGCUGUGCUGCUGCGACCCGACGGGCUGGGCGCGCUCCUGAGUGGCGCAGGGCUCCACCGCGAGGAGGACCGUGAGGAGGACAGAGUGGGAGAGGCCCAAGGCUCCCCCGAGAACCCCCAGGCCACAACCCUUCCCCCUACCGUGCCCACCCGCCCUCUGUUGAGCGCCAUCCAGAGCCGCUGCUGCACCAUCACCCGCAGGGCACUGGCACCCAAGGACCCCCUCGAGGGUGUGUGGAGCUGCACAGAGGGCAGGCCCAAGGCUCCAGACCCCAGGGACGACUGACACCAGACAAGUCGCCACCGUCACCACCACUGCGGGAGGAGUAUUUGAGGGAGGGGCCCCGUGGCCGGCAGGGCCAGGAAACCAUACUCUCCCAUUUCCCGAAUAAAGCUCUUCUGACUGAGGCAUAACCCAGUGUCUGUGCUGAGAAGCAGGGCCUUCUGGGUCUUGGCCAGGCCAGGGCACGCGUGGGGCAGGUCGGGGCUGGGGGCUAGGGACAUGGAGUGAGACAGAGUCCACACAUGGGGAGUCUGGAUAGAAA